AUGAUACCAGACAUCCGCCCGCAGCCUAUCGACCAAAGCCGGGCCGAGAAGACCCCAAACUUCACCGCCGCACAAGUAGCCUCAGCCCCGACGACAAGCCAGUCAUCCACGUCCUUCGGCAAUGUCUUUGUGCUGAUCGACAUGCUGAAGCUGGGCCCUGACGUGGGCUCAAAGCUUGUCGGCGGGGCCCAAGGCCUCACAUCAUCUGCUUCGGAUGCCGAGUCGGCCUUGUUGGUGGCCGUUAACUUUGUGUUCACCCAACUGAAGCCCAAUGGGAGCACUUUGAGUAUGCUCGGAAGGAACAGCCUGGCGCUCGAGGUGAGGGAGAUGGCCGUUGCAGGAGGGACCGGAGCAUUCCAACUCUCGCGCUGUUAUGUUCGAACCAGGACUCACUCCAUCGACCGGACCAGUGGACUUAUCUUGUCGGAGUAUGACGUGUACGUUUUGCAUUACUGA